AUGCCUUUGCUUUUUGGUGUUCCACGUAGUAUAGUGAACUGUUCAGUUGGAAAUGUAAUCAAGGGUUUCAGAAGAUGCUUGGCACUGAAAGCGGGGGAUAAUGCCACACUGACGAAGAAGAUAACGAAGGAGGACGUGACGCAGUUUGGACACCUCACGGGCGACACCAACCCCAUCCACGUGGAUGACCUGUACGUGAGGGAAAACACCAAGUUCGAGCGUUGUGUGGUUCACGGUGCCUUUCUCAACAGCCUGGUCUCUUCAGUCAUAGGCACACAGCUGCCAGGCCCGGGAACGAUUGUUGUCAAGCAAGAGCUGAACUUCCCGUCCCCUUGCUACGUGGGGGAGGAGGUCGAGGUGUCUGUCAAGGUGAAGGACGUCAGGAAAAUCAUCACUGUCGAGUUUUCGUGCCGUUCCAACUCUGGCAACGUUGUGUUGUGGGGAAUUGCAAAACUUGUGCAUCAGCCGCUGUCAACCAAGUGA